UCAGAGAYACAAACUCAGCUGAUGAGUCACAGAGACUGUCCUCUGUUACUGUGUCCCCUCAGGGUCUCUGAGAGACAAGACUGUCAGGGCGCUCAGAGACACUGUUGGGACAGGAGGCUGGAACAGUCCUGUCACUCAGAGGGGACAGUGGAGGAGGGGACAGAGCAGGAGGGGACAGAGGAGAAGGGGGCAGUGGAGGAGGGGACAGAGGAGGAGGGGACAGUCUCAUCACUCAGAACAUUUUUUCACAUCCGGAGCUUCAGUCCAGAGUCCGACUCUUGGUCAGAGAUGGGUUCUUGUGGAGGAUGGAUGGUCUGGACUCUGUGGGCCAGUUUCCUGGCUCAGAACGCUGCUCUCAGGGUCAGCAUGAGGGAGUCCAGUCUAGAGGUGGUCCGAGGCGAUUCGGUCCUCCUGCCCUGCUCCUUCUCCACCUCCUCCUCCCGCCUCUCCAGACUCAACAUCAUCUUGACCCUGGCUCGCUUCUCCGACCCAGAGACCCCGAUCCAGGUGAUCGUGUACGACCACAGGCAGGUGAUUGAAGACCCCUUCUUCAUGGGCAGGGUGGGUUUUACAGGUCUUCCUUUCAGUGCAGACGUCCUCCUGAACGACACCCGGGUCUCAGACGCCGGAGUUUACCGCUGRGUGGUCAACAACCUGCCAGAGACCGCAGAUCCUGGCAUCGGAGAGUUGGAGCUCAGCGUUCUGGAACCGCCCUCACUGCCCGACUGUAAGUGGGACGGAGACACUGACGUGGGCGGAAGUGUCCGGCUGUCUUGUUCGGUGACGGUGGGCGUCCCGACUCCAGACAUCCGCUGGGAGAAAGUGAACCCUGAGGAAAUCUCCCUGCCCAUCAAUAUGGAGGGGGACUGGACCGGGUUGGUCCAAAUCCUCAACGUGUCGUCUCAGACGUCUGGUUUGUACCGCUGCUCCGCCUCCAACAUCCUGGGAACAGAACACUGCUACGUCAGCCUGGUCAUUUACACCCCCCCAGACGGACCCUCAGGCCUCCUGCAGGGUGUUCUGCUCACUCUGGUCAUGAGCCUGAUUCUGGUGGCUCUGCUGGUCCUGGUUCUGUGGCUGCGUCGGACCGGGCAGGAUGGGAGAUGGAAGGAGAGGAAGGCCGAGGAAGAGGAGUGUUACAACGAGAUCCGGUACACCCCGUCUCUGAUGAAACGCUCCUUCGUCUGAAGACCACCAGGUACUGAAAAACCAACUCUGUGGUACCAAACAAAGAACUUUAAACGGACUCUUUGGAUCCAUUUGGACGUUGGUUCGUAGCAGCUGAACUUCAGCCCCUCACAUCAGCUGAAGGUCCAAGACGAGAACGGUUGUACCUGCUGUUUUAUUUUAGAUUUUGAUAACAAAACUUGUUUUCUCUGAGGAGCUUUCCUAGAUGUAAAAAUACCUAAAUAAAUAAAAAAGGUCUCAAUGUGAGAAAAGCUGUGUCUCAAACACAAAAGCCACCAUCUCAAUAUGAGAAACGUCUCAUACUGAAGAGCAACCUAUCAAGACAAAAAUGUCUUGUUAAAUCACGAGUCGAGUUAUUUCAAGGGAAGAAAACAAGUCAUUGAAGAUGAGAAAUAGAAAAUGAUCAGGAUCCAAAUGGUUCACAUAUAAAAAUGACAACUUAAGUUUUUAUUUAAAAAUACUGAAAAUAAGUCAUUACGAGAAAAAUGUUAGUCUACUGAGAUACUGAAAUAACUCAUCCUUUUUAGAAGUUUUACAUGUUAAAUAUUUAGUUCAUCAUUCAAAGUAUUUUAUCUUUUUAAUCACCAAUACAUCAUUUAUUAUAGU